AUGGAGGUUGAUGAGGCCUCAGAAUCUUCUGAUGAUGACGUUGUUCCACUCAAUGAGUCAUCUGAUGAUGAGAGAAGUGAAAAUAAUGGAGAUCAAGUAGACAAUAAUGCUGAAGUGAACAAUUUUGAAGAAAUAAUAAUAAAUGACGAUGAUGAAGAUGCCAAAGAGCAACAGAACAUUAAUUAUUAUGAUGUAGGUGUCAAUCAGCCAGAGAACAUUCUUCAAGAUUAUGUGGAUAUAAAUCAGCAACAGUAUUAUCUUGAUAAUAACCAAGGCCUAAACCAGGAGGAGUACUUUGUUAAUCAAGAUAUAAACGAAGACCAAAUGCAUGCAAAGUGGUAUGAGCAAGAUCAGUACAUGGAAGAAAACAUCGGAGAAAUACCACUUGAUGACGAGGAAAUGUUUGAAGAGUCAGAUGGGGAAUCAGAUGAUGAGUUCAUCUACAUUGUCGAAGUAACUACAUACAGGAUAUGA